AUGUAUGACUUUGGGCAGUUUUGUCUAAGAGAAAUUAGGGGCUAUUUUUUGGCAUGUUCUUUGGGAAUGGCGCAGAUCCAGGGGAGGAGUCCUCCCACUGUGCAGGUCAGGUCUUUUACAAGACAAGGACAGCAGAGGAGGAUUUGCAAGGGCCUCCCUCUGAAAACCAGGAAGAAUGGACUCUCACCUGGGAUGAGGACUUGCUUUCUUUACCUCCGGUUCUUUCCAUGUCUUAGUUGGAUGUCCCUGAAAUGGACACAGGCUGUGCCAUUGUGCCAGAAACAUUGUUGUUAUCUUUUAUGUUGUUGUUGUGUUAAACUAUGA